AUGCGUGAAAGCAGGAUCGAAGUCCUUGAUGACUACGUAAUUGCGUAUGAGUUGCCGAGCGGCGACACAACACCAUACUUCACUACUGCAAAUUUCCUGCCUGGUCAGCCAGAUAUAAAUGUUAAAUUUGCACUAGAAUUACGGCGGGAAUGCGUCGUCGUAUCAGUGUAUGGUUGCAUUUUGUUGAUCGGAGGCGAAGAUGACGACGGUGACCCAUCUGACAAGACUGACAUAAUGGACGUCUAUAGUGGCGAUGUCGCCAGUUUGCCACCGAUGAUGCAUUCACGGUCAGGUCAUUGUGCUACUCUGCAUGCUGGAGGCAUUUUCGUGGAGAGACUGCCGAAUUUGCCAACAGCACGAUCGGAAUGCUCGGCAGUGUACGUACCCGCAUUUGGUGAUAUCGUCGUUGGGGGAUGGCAAAGUCGAAUUCAACGUGAGGUGAACAAUGUUGAAUUGCUUGAACAAUGUGGAGGUGUUACUUCCGAGAAAUGCUCGUGGAGGGCACUCACCCCAAUGCUGGAAUGGCGCAGGUCUCCAGGAAUUGCCUACUUCCAUGACCGUGUGGUCGUCGCUGGGGGCAACGAUGGAGAGCGAAUCACCGUCGAGAGCUUUUCUGUACCCUCCAGUGCCAGAGACAUGGGACAGUGGACGAAGCUUGCUGGACCAGAACAAGGCUUUGGUGGCCCGAUUUCGUUGGCUGUGUUCAAGAAAAGGCUUCUUCUAGCAGGUGGCGGUAUCGAUGUGCUGGAGCUUUCGUCGGAGUCAGAAGUAGACGAUUCAGAACUGGAUGGAUUUACGUGGAAACCACAAUUCACGAUUACAGGCCUAACUUGCGCACGUCUCUUGCAAAUGCGAGACACAACGAUGAAAGUGAAGAAAGCCUAG